AUGGCAAUGUUAACGGGUGGUUGGAUGACAUGGGCAGGUUUUGAGUGUUUAGGUUAUUCGACACAACUUGUUAGUAGUGGGAAUUUACGGGAAGGAGUGGUGUGUUCGCUGGAAACGGCGAUGUCAAGAAAAUCGGCGUUUGGGUUGUCAUUGCUUGGGCUAGCGGCGACAUUAAGGGAGUCACUUGUGCUUCCGGUGGUGUCUGGAUUAUCGGCGAUGGGUGGAAUGUUGAUUGUGUGCCGGUCGUCUGAGUUAGUGGUGGCAUCGCUUGAAGUAUCGCUUAAACAGUGGUGA